AGAAGGGGAAGGCGGGAGUGAGGGGGAGAGGGACCUAUUUAAAGCUACCCUGUUGCUCAGACUGUCUCUGUCUGUCUGCCAGGGUCUCCAGCUGCCCCAGACAGGCGGUGUGGUCUUGGGAUCCUCCUGGUGACCUUUCCAGCCUAGGUCCCCUCAGCCACUCUGCCCCAAGAUGGGUCGUGGGGCAGGGCGUGAGUACUCGCCUGCUGCCACCACUGCGGAAAAUGGGGGUGGCAAGAAGAAACAGAAAGAGAAGGAGCUCGAUGAGCUGAAGAAGGAGGUUGCCAUGGAUGACCACAAGCUGUCCUUGGAUGAGCUGGGCCGAAAAUACCAAGUGGAUCUGUCUAAGGGCCUCACCAAUCAGCGAGCUCAGGACAUUCUGGCUAGAGAUGGACCCAACGCCCUUACUCCGCCCCCCACAACUCCUGAGUGGGUCAAGUUCUGUCGUCAGCUUUUUGGGGGCUUCUCUAUCCUGCUGUGGAUUGGGGCACUCCUCUGCUUCUUAGCCUAUGGUAUCCUGGCCGCUAUGGAGGACGAACCAUCCAACGAUAAUUUAUAUCUAGGUAUCGUGCUAGCGGCUGUAGUUAUCGUCACCGGCUGCUUCUCCUACUACCAGGAAGCCAAGAGCUCCAAGAUCAUGGACUCCUUCAAGAACAUGGUGCCUCAGCAAGCUCUGGUCAUCCGAGAGGGAGAAAAGAUGCAGAUCAAUGCAGAGGAGGUGGUGGUGGGAGACCUGGUGGAGGUGAAGGGUGGAGACCGUGUCCCUGCUGACCUCCGGAUCAUCUCUUCCCACGGUUGCAAGGUGGAUAACUCAUCCCUAACAGGGGAGUCGGAGCCCCAGACCCGUUCUCCUGAGUUCACCCACGAGAACCCCUUGGAGACGCGCAAUAUCUGUUUCUUCUCUACCAACUGCGUGGAAGGCACUGCCAGGGGCAUUGUGAUUGCCACAGGUGACCGGACAGUGAUGGGCCGCAUAGCCACUCUUGCCUCUGGCCUAGAGGUGGGACAGACACCCAUAGCCAUGGAGAUCGAGCAUUUCAUCCAGCUGAUCACAGGGGUGGCUGUGUUCCUGGGGGUCUCCUUCUUCGUUCUGUCCCUCAUCCUGGGCUACAGCUGGCUGGAGGCAGUCAUCUUCCUCAUCGGCAUCAUCGUAGCCAAUGUGCCCGAAGGGCUGUUGGCCACCGUGACUGUGUGCCUGACGCUGACAGCCAAGCGCAUGGCUCGCAAAAACUGCCUGGUGAAGAACCUGGAGGCCGUGGAGACGCUGGGCUCCACGUCCACCAUCUGCUCAGACAAGACGGGCACCCUCACCCAGAACCGCAUGACAGUGGCUCACAUGUGGUUUGACAACCAGAUCCAUGAGGCUGACACCACAGAGGACCAGUCUGGGGCCACUUUUGACAAACGGUCCCCCACAUGGACAGCCCUGUCUCGGAUCGCUGGUCUCUGCAAUCGUGCUGUCUUCAAGGCUGGACAAGAGAACAUCUCCGUGUCUAAGCGGGACACAGCUGGAGAUGCUUCUGAGUCAGCUCUGCUCAAGUGCAUUGAGCUGUCCUGUGGCUCAGUGAGGAAGAUGAGGGACAGGAACCCUAAGGUGGCAGAAAUCCCCUUCAACUCCACCAACAAAUAUCAGCUCUCCAUCCACGAGAGGGAAGACAGUCCCCAGAGCCAUGUGCUGGUGAUGAAAGGCGCCCCAGAGCGCAUCCUGGACCGAUGCUCCACCAUCCUGGUACAGGGCAAGGAGAUCCCUCUUGACAAGGAGAUGCAAGAUGCUUUUCAAAACGCCUACAUGGAGCUGGGAGGACUUGGGGAACGAGUGCUGGGCUUCUGUCAGCUGAACCUGCCUUCUGGAAAGUUUCCUCGGGGCUUCAAAUUUGAUACAGAUGAGCUGAACUUUCCCACAGAGAAGCUCUGUUUUGUGGGGCUCAUGUCUAUGAUUGAUCCCCCCAGAGCAGCCGUGCCGGAUGCCGUGGGCAAGUGCCGAAGCGCGGGCAUCAAGGUGAUCAUGGUGACCGGGGAUCACCCCAUCACAGCUAAGGCCAUUGCCAAAGGUGUGGGCAUCAUAUCAGAGGGUAACGAGACUGUGGAAGACAUUGCAGCCAGGCUCAACAUUCCUGUGAGUCAAGUCAAUCCCAGAGAAGCCAAGGCGUGUGUAGUGCACGGCUCAGACCUGAAGGACAUGACGUCAGAGCAGCUGGAUGAGAUCCUCAGGGACCACACGGAGAUUGUCUUUGCCCGGACCUCCCCUCAGCAGAAGCUUAUCAUUGUGGAAGGGUGUCAGAGGCAGGGAGCCAUUGUGGCAGUGACUGGUGACGGGGUGAACGACUCCCCCGCGCUGAAGAAGGCUGACAUUGGCAUUGCCAUGGGCAUCUCCGGCUCCGAUGUCUCUAAGCAGGCGGCUGACAUGAUCCUUCUCGACGACAACUUUGCCUCCAUUGUGACAGGCGUGGAGGAGGGCCGCCUGAUCUUUGACAACUUGAAGAAGUCCAUCGCAUACACCCUGACCAGCAACAUCCCUGAGAUCACCCCCUUCCUGCUGUUCAUCAUUGCCAACAUCCCCCUUCCACUGGGCACUGUGACCAUCCUCUGCAUCGACCUGGGGACAGAUAUGGUUCCUGCUAUCUCAUUAGCAUACGAAGCAGCUGAGAGUGACAUCAUGAAGAGGCAGCCACGAAACUCCCAGACAGACAAGCUGGUGAACGAGAGGCUUAUCAGCAUGGCUUACGGACAGAUUGGCAUGAUCCAGGCUCUGGGUGGCUUCUUUACCUACUUUGUGAUACUGGCAGAGAAUGGGUUUCUACCAUCGCGGCUGCUAGGGAUCCGCCUGGACUGGGAUGAUCGGACUACCAACGACCUGGAGGACAGCUAUGGACAAGAGUGGACCUACGAGCAGCGGAAGGUGGUGGAGUUCACAUGCCACACGGCCUUCUUCGCUAGCAUCGUGGUUGUGCAGUGGGCUGACCUCAUCAUCUGCAAGACCCGUCGCAACUCAGUGUUCCAGCAGGGCAUGAAGAACAAGAUCCUGAUUUUUGGGCUGCUAGAAGAGACGGCUUUGGCUGCCUUUCUGUCUUACUGCCCGGGCAUGGGGGUUGCCCUCCGGAUGUACCCACUCAAGGUCACGUGGUGGUUCUGUGCCUUCCCCUACAGUCUCCUCAUCUUCAUCUAUGAUGAAGUUCGGAAGCUCAUCCUACGGCGGUACCCUGGGGGCUGGGUGGAGAAGGAGACGUACUACUGAGCUCAGCGGCAAAGGAAGAACGAGGGGCAGGGGGAGAUGGGGUGCUCCGGAGGGGUUGCUGGGGGUUGUGGUGAAGGGAGGGACUGGGGAGUCAGAAGGAGGCACCUGAGGGAACUAAGAUGGCAGCCUUGGGUAAAUAAACUUGAGGAGACUGCUCCAGCUGCUCCACAGGUCCCGCUGUGAACCCUGGGACAGAUCACCUCUUCAGAUCCUUCCCAUCCCACUCUGCUACAUUUUCCGAAAAACUAGGGGUCACCCCAGCCCUUCACCCUCACCUGUAUUAUUCAAACAGAUCGACACCCAAAGGUUAAUCCCGGCUAACCCAUGAGGAAAGCCUCUCAGGUCACCAAGUGUCAGUGACCCUUGGCUGCAUUCCUCUUCCCAUUCUCGCCUCCCUUCCCUUCCUACCCUGCCCCCCCCCUCACACCUUGAAAACACAAAAUUCUCCUUCUGUGAGUACAAGAGCCUGGGGCCAGAAAAGGAAGCCAGGCGGAGAGAUUAGGUCUGUCUCCCAGCCAAGGCCAGUCAGGAACCAGAGGGGAGCUGGGCUGGCAAGGAAAGGUUGGGGUGUGCUGGCUGAAGGAGAGAAAGGAGAGAAAGGAAAGAAGGAAAGAAGGAAGGAGAGAAAGAAAGAAAGGAAGGAAGAAAGAAAGAAAGAAAGAAAGAAAGAAAGAAAGAAAGAAAGAAAGAAAGAAAGAAAGAAAGAAAGAAAGAAAGAAAGAAAGAAAGGAAAGAAAGACCACAGGUUUGUCAUCUUCAGCCUCCAGGUAGGUGGGGUAGGCUCUGGCUCUGUGUCCUGCCUUUAGAGACUAGCACACCAGCAAACCAAAUUCCCAUCUCGUCAGAGUAGCAGUAAGGGCAAGCCCAGGGGGGUAGUGUGCCACCCAGUGACCCAUUGAUCCUUGGGUAAUGGUCCUCUCUGUCCAUAAGGCUCAGGAGUCACAGAAGGUCCAGCUAUCUCAACCCCACACUCUUGGGAACACCUCCCCGCCUUUUUAGAACAGUAAGUUCUCUGUGGCCUCACACUGUUCUGAGAGCCCCAUUAGCUGCCACUUCUCCCUGUGCUCUCUCAUUCCCUUCUGCUUCCUGCACAUCUGCUGAACCCACGUCAUUUCCGGUACUGCCUAGUUAGUCCUGGAAAAGGCUCUCUUGGCCAUUGGCAGGAAUCAGUGUAGAAAAGUUUCCAGGACAUCCCUGGCUUUCCAGAGCAUGCAGAAUCAGCGUAGCUCAUGACACUGUCAGACACUUUAGACAUGAGAGAAAUUCUUAAGAGACCUAUGCCUUUGGCCUCUCAGAUGGCACGGCCGCUGUACACAGGGAAGUGUUCACUUUCCUUGAGACGGGAAGCUGGCUUCAGGUUCCUAUGGAAUAGAGUUUUCUUUCCUUAUUCCCUUUUCACCUAACAGUUUUGCUCUUCGGACAGCUGCCCAUUCCCUAAGCCUCGCCUAGAAACCAUAGCAUAGAUGUACCUAGAUGAAUGAGCCAAGCAACUGAGAAACAGCAAGGAAACUGGAAGGCUUGAGGUGGGAAUAUGAAGGUCAAGACAAGAAUUAGGGAGCUGAAAAGAUGGCUCAUCAGUUGACUGCUCUUCCAGAGGUCCUGAGUUCAAUUCCCAGCAACCACAUGAUAGCUCGCAACCAUCUAUAAUAGGAUCCAAACACUCUUCUGGUGUGUCUGAAGACAGCUACAGUGUACUCAUAAUAAAUAAAGUAAAUAAAUUAAAAAAAAAAGAAAAAGACAAGCAUUAGGCCAGGGCCACGGGCCUCCCAAGGGCAACUGUCUCACCACAGUGGAGUUUUGCUUUACCCAUAAAUACCUUGAACUUUUUCAGUCAUGUGUGGCCUUCAGUUGGAAGUCUAAAUGGGACACCAUAUUUAUUUGGGCCUGAUUAAUUUGAGAUCAUUGACUUUGAACAAAAGUUUACCUCCCGCACAAUCAAUAAAGUCAUCUGGUCGGUAAAUGAAGAGCAUAAACAAUAUUGUUAGGAGCGGUAUACUUAGUCUCAGAGUAUGCUUCUCGAGCACUUUAGAAAUCUCCCUCUAGAAUCAGCAAGUUCACCGGCUAAUUAUUCUCAGCCCUGAUCUAUCUGUUAAAGGAACGUCUACAAGGUCUUUACUAGCGACCUUCUGUGAGACAUUAGUUUGAGGCAGUACAUGUGUACUUGAAAAUAAUAAAGUUGCAUUUCUUUAUGAAAAAUGACAAGAGAAACUGCUCCCAUGGUUGAUUUCUAUACUUAACAUUGGCCUUCCCCUCAGACUGUGGUACUGGAUGUGUGCAUGGAAGGACUUGGCUUGCUAAGGGAACUCGAGCGGCAGGGAAGUAAUCCUGCCACAGACCAUGCUCUAAAGGGGAGAAAGUUAAAUUUAUAUAUCCUCGUCCUCGUAGCCAGGCCCACCGGGAGCCAUAAGGGUUUGUCCAAGACAGGGAAGAGUGGCUAAGGGUCCAUGACAGGCAAGGACAUUUCAAUUAUUUUUUCUGUUUCAGACAAAAUCAGUCCACUCCCAAUCUUAGGGGCAUGGAAUAGAGGUUUUGUUCUGGGGCCACAACAGCCAAGUCAGUGCUGACCAAUAGCGUAUACUGUACCCAGCGCCAUCUUUAGGGAAUGAGGUAAAAUGCAGACAUCAUUGAGGUCUCCCUGAGUAGGUAUCUGAGACCUUUUCGCAGAGCAUGCAUGUGGUGGGCAGAAGGUGAGACACUGUGCACUGAGGUGAGGAGCAAGAUGGUGAACAUUCCUGCAGGAGUCGGUGGGGAUGGGAGACAGGGGGACGCUGGCUCUUACAACCCACUCUCAAGUCUCAGCCUAACCAUGAAAAGCCUGCCCCAGUCCAAGACGUGUACCGGCCCCUUUAUUACAACUCUCACUGUAGUCAUGGUGACGGUGCUUGUCUCAGAGGUUGUCAGGGUGACGGCUGCUCCCUCGGAGUCUUUAAAAACAUCAGUUUUCUUUGUAAUGGUUAAGAAUAAACCCGGAUUAAAGUUUACUUUGACCGCA